AUGAUAGCAGAAGCUGGUUUUUGGGAAGCAAUGUCGUUCAAGAACAUAGUCCGGGAGAUUAGGGGAAUACGAAAUGAGAGGAACAAAGCAAUCGGCCGGCGAGGAAGAUCGCACAUUGCGCCGGAAGGAUCUGCGUCGUCAUCUUCAUCAGCUUAUGAAUGUUCAAACCAGAGCAUUUGGGUUGAUUUGCCUCCAGAGUUACUUCUUGACAUAAUCCAUCGGAUCGAGUCUGGACAAACUCUGUGGCCGGCGAGGAGAGACGUCGUCGCUUGUGCCUCCGUUUGUAAGUCGUGGAGAGAGAUGACUAAAGAAGUCGUUAAAGUCCCUGAGCUCUCUGGUUUGCUCACUUUUCCGAUUUCCUUAAAACAGCCUGGCCCUAGAGAUGCUCCAAUUCAAUGCUUCAUCAAACGAGAAAGAGCCACCGGAAUAUACCGUCUCUAUCUCGGUUUAAGCCCUGCUCUUUCCGGCGACAAGAGCAAGCUCUUAUUAUCCGCAAAGAAAGUGAGGAGAGCGACGGGAGCAGAGUUUGUUGUAUCGUUAUCCGGGAAUGACUUCUCGAGAAGUAGCAGUAAUUGCGUAGGAAAACUGAGAUCGAACUUCCUUGGAACUAAGUUUACAGUCUACGAAAACCAACCUCCUCCGGUUGAUUCCGGGAGAUCCUCAAACCGGAAACUCCCACCGUCGAUGCGUGUGUCUCCAUGGGUGUCACCAUCUUCCCAGAGCUACAACAUAGCUUCAAUCUUGUACGAGCUGAAUGUUCUGAGAACCAGAGGUCCAAGAAGAAUGCAAUGCAUCAUGAACAGCAUCCCGGUUUCGUCGAUUCAAGAAGGCGGACGAGUGGAAUCUCCAACCGAGUUUACAAACCAAGAAAGGAAGAAGAAGAAGCCGCUGAUGGAUUUUUGUACCGGGAACUUAGGAGGAGAGUUCGUCGUCGACGAACCGUUAGUUUUGAAAAACAAGUCGCCGAGGUGGCACGAGCAGCUCCAGUGCUGGUGUUUAAACUUCAAAGGGAGAGUCACGGUGGCGUCGGUGAAGAACUUCCAGCUGGUUGCAGCUGCUGCAGAGGCGGGGAAGAACAUGAACAUACCGGAAGAGGAGCAGGAGAGAGUGAUAUUACAGUUUGGGAAGAUAGGGAAAGACAUUUUCACCAUGGAUUAUCGUUACCCGAUCUCUGCAUUUCAGGCUUUUGCCAUUUGUUUAAGCAGCUUCGACACGAAGCCUGUCUGUGAAUGA